GGAAUGGGCAGUGAGAAGGCGCAGGGUCCAGAGCAGCACCUGCCGGAGGAAGGGAAACUGGGUCAGCCCUGGAGCGUGGACGAAUCAGAAGAUGAGAAGGAGCAGGGCAACCUGUUGGAGCCGCCGCUAGGAACAUAUCCAAAUAAGCCAUGGCGGGGAGUCAUUCCAGCUGGAGAGUCGGACGACAUAUUUGUACAUCCAAGGCAGGAGGUGGAUGAAAUAUCCUUUAUAUGUAGCCAGUGUGGCAAAACUUUCAAUAAUACCUCUAACCUGAGAACACACCAGCGGAUCCACACGGGGGAGAAGCCUUACAAGUGUUCUGAAUGUGGAAAGAGCUUCUCUAGAAGCUCCAACCGUAUUCGCCACGAACGGAUCCACCUGGAAGAGAAGCUCUACAAAUGCCCCAGGUGUCAGGAGAGCUUCCGGCGGCGCUCGGAUCUCACCACGCACCAGCAGGAUCACUUGGGCAAGCGGCCGUUCCGCUGUGACAUCUGUGGCAAGAGCUUCGGCCAGAGCGCCACGCUGGCCGUGCAUCACCGUACCCACCUCGAGCCAGCACCCUACAUCUGCUGUGAGUGCGGCAAGAGCUUCAGCAACAGUUCCAGCUUUGGCGUGCACCACCGCACCCACACGGGUGAGAGGCCUUAUGAGUGCACAGAGUGUGGGCGGACCUUCAGCGAUAUCUCCAACUUUGGGGCACAUCAGAGGACCCACAGAGGCGAGAAGCCCUACCGGUGCACUCUGUGUGGGAAACACUUCUCCCGGAGUUCAAACCUCAAGCCCAACAUCCCACUUUGGAGAGUAGUUUCUUCUUGCUUCUGA